AGAUAACAUUGGGACUUUUCCCACUCACCGAUCCCACAACUGGUUGAGCCAGACUCAUUUUUUGUGAUAUUCAUGACGUUUAUAUUAUUCCUUCGCCCACCAUGUCUAAACGCACAGCAGAUCUCGAAGAAGAGCAAUCCACCGCUUUGAAAGCUGGACAGAGACCUCUCCCCGAAGCCCCACCUGACGAAGUCGGAGAAUUUGAAGACGAAUUCGAAGAUGAGUUUGAGAGUGAAGAUGAAAUUCUAGAGGCCGGAGUGGAUGGCCGACCAGAUGAGGAGAGGGAGGCGGAAGAAAGGGAUGCAAUGGAUGUCGACAAGGAAACAUUUAUACCAGGAAGGACGAAGUUAGCACCGGGCGAAACGUUAGCACCUGAUCCCUCCACAUAUGAUAUGCUACACACCCUCAGUACACCUUGGCCGUGCCUCUCGUUCGACAUCGUCCACGAUAAUCUGGGAGAUAACCGAAAAGCAUUUCCAGCAACCGUUUACGCCGUCGCAGGCACCCAGGCCGAAACACCCCGCGCAAAGGAUAACGAGCUCCUUGUACUCAAGUUGUCCGGGCUAGGCCGUAUGGAACGAGAAAAUGAAACCGACUCAGAAAGCGAAUCGGAUUCGGAUGAUGAGUCUUCAUCAGACCCCAUUCUCGAGUCGAAGACAAUACCACUAGGUUCCACGACAAAUCGCAUCCGAGCACAUCAAACUCCCAACACUUCUGGUGAUUAUACGAAACCCCCGCAGACAAUCACCGCGACGAUGUUGGAAAACUCCCACGUGGUUAUACAUGAUGUCACACAGCAUCUAGCAAGCUUUGACGUUCCAGGUACCAUUCUUGCUCCUUCUGCAUCGAAACCUAUAUCUACUUUGCGCAUGCACAAAUCAGAAGGAUACGCAUUGGACUGGUCGCCCUUACAACCGUUGGGUAAAUUGCUCACCGGUGAUAACGAUGGGCUUAUUUAUGUCACAACCCGGACAGAAGGAGGCGGAUGGGUAACAGAUUCCAGGCCAUUCGUUGGACAUACCUCCUCUGUCGAGGAAUUACAGUGGUCACCCAAUGAGAAGAAUGUGUUUGCAUCUGCCAGCAGUGACGGCUCGGUAAAAGUCUGGGAUGUGCGGUCAAAAUCUCGCAAGCCAGCCGUGGACGUCAAGAUUUCCAACACAGAUGUCAAUGUCAUGAGCUGGUCUAACCAGACUUUCCACCUUUUAGCAACUGGUGACGAUGCCGGCCAAUGGGGUGUCUGGGAUCUUCGACAAUGGAAGCCGGGCUCAUCUCAAUCCAGACCGGCGCCAGUAGCCUCCUUUGACUUCCAUAAGGAGCCUAUUACGAGUAUAGAAUGGCACCCAACCGACGACAGCGUUGUUGCCGUGGCUUCGGCGGACAGUACAGUCACACUAUGGGAUUUGGCUGUUGAGCUUGACGUUGAGGAGAGUCGUGAUGCCGGAAUGAGUGAUAUUCCGCCUCAGUUACUUUUUGUGCACUACAUGGACUCUGUGAAGGAGCUACAUUGGCAAGCUCAGAUGCCUGGAACUGUGAUGGCUACAGGAGCUAGUGGUUUUGGUGUUUUCAAGACUAUCAGUGUCUAGUGCAAAGGGCACUCUGAAUUAAAACAGUAGGGGAAACGUCAAUAGAGGACGUCAAUGCGGAACAGACACAUACCAUCGUGGUCAAAAUUCAUGUAGAUAUUAAUGCACAUAUGAGGAAUGAAUCUGAAUGUUUAUGAAUAUGCUGCUACCAAUUUGGCGACCUCAGAAUCGACGUCGAGAGGUUCUGGGUGCUAUGAUUCCUUCAAUGUUGGGGCAAGGUGCCAUAGAUCCUAGGGCAUCAUAGGAAAUAGCCCUAACCUUGGAACCCCC